GCUCAAGAAAUGCAUAUAUUCUUUUCCCUUGAUACUUUGCUAACUCAUUUAACCUCUUUGAUGCUUAUAUUCCUAGUUAACCAUAUACAAACUCAAACUGUUAACCUUUUCCCACCUUUAAACUUAAAAGCUUGCUGCUACACCAUCCACCAUUUACUGAUAGCUUAAACUUAUUCUCAGUUGUCAUACAAUUUUUGUUAAAUGGCAUGUGAAGAUGGGAAGGGUUGCUAUAUAUGGUUGUUGCAAGUUAUAUGCCUCCUAGGCCUUCUUGUUCUUGGCCUAUGGUUAUCCUUACGACCGAAUAACCCCUCCUUCUCCAUCAUGUUAGUCUCCAUAGAUCGUCUAUCGGAUCAAAAUGACACAAUCUUUUAUACCCUUGAAAUCAAUAACCCAAACAAAGACUCCAGCAUUUACUAUGAUGACAUAAUAUUGAGUUUCCUAUUCGGGCAACAAGAGGACAAAGUGGGAGAGACAACCAUAGGCUCAUUUCAUCAAGGAACCAGCAAGAACCGCAUUGUAUCCGGCAUUGUUAAUGGCAAACCUGGACCAUUCAAACCUCUCUUCAAGGCCAUAUCAAAUGCAACCGCGGAGCUGAAGGUUUCCCUGGCGACAAGAUAUCGAUGCAAGACAUGGGGAAUCAAGAGCAAGUUUCAUAGAUUACACUUGAAUGGUAUUCUGCCAAUUGAUUCUGAUGGUAAGCUUUCACGUAAGAAGAAGAAAUACCCGCUUACUAGUAAUUCCAAAAAAUUAGGGAGGUCCAAAGUAAAGAAGCACUGAUCUCAUCUCCUUCAUUGUGUUUUGGUUGGCCUUUUCUUUUUCACUUCUGUAUCCAUUUUUUUCCCUCAUCUCCUUCAUUGUGUUUUGGUUGGCUUUUUCUCCCUCUCUUCUAUAUCCGUAUUUAUUUUUUCUGGUAGCCUUUUUGUUCUUCUCUUCUAUAUCCAUCAUUUUUUUCUCGUUUUAUCAGUGAGGAUUUUUUUUUUUGCUAUUGGUUUGGUUCAUGGUAGUUUCUUCCAUCUAAUAGAACAGUUUUUCUUGCAUGUAGUAUGUGUAAACCAGAUAUGCUAGAUAUGCAGACAUUAAAGAAUUCAAGUAUUUUGUGCUUUUCUUUGCUUCCUUGCUAACGAGUAAAGUAGUGUUCAUGUAAUGAUGUGCUUAAUAAAACUAAAGUUUAGCAAAAAAACAGUUCAAAAGAUUUUGAAUUAAGUUUUGAGUUUAUGUUAAUCCUUUACACGGUGAUAGAAAAUCUGUUGGAAGUUAUAUUUCCAAAUAUGCUUCGUGAAUCAGCCAGUCGUACAUUAAGAACUUGAUCUUUUCACCAAACAAACAUUUAUAUAUAAAAUUAAGAGCACGUACAACAAGCUAUCUACUGAGACAAUUCUAACAACCAAACUUGAUUGAGAAUUUUGUUUACUUAAAUUCAAAAUUAAGAGCGCAUUUUAAGUUUUAACCUUUA